GACCUGCAAGACAUAGAAAAGACCAUUCACUCUACACUGCUGAAUUUGGCGGACGCGGCGCGCGCCCUCGCGGCCCGUGUUUGAUAUCGUCGCCAUGGAAACCAGGUGUGCAGUCGUUUGCGCGAGCGUGUUGUCACCUGCUCGGCGACCGCACGGUGUGACAACCCGCGCGUGUCGCUUCUAGCUGCCGCGGCUCUGUGUGGGUCGGACGGGCUUUACAGUGAUCGGCGGCCGCCUCGUUAGCGGGCAGCGGCUGCUCGUUUACGGAAGCGCGCUCCGUCUCCGUGUCUCCGUCCCGGACGUCUGUUUUAAUUUGAAGGGCACCGGGAGACUGACCGCUGCUGCUGCCGCUGCUGCUGCUGUGUCUUUAAACGCGGGAGGAGCGGAGACGGUUCUGACAUGUAGCCUGCCCCGCAAAUCUGUUCGCCCGCACCGCUCCGAACCCACCUGCUCCCCGCCCGCUGUCAUCACCCCGCUGCUGCUGCUGCUGCUGAGGACGGCGACGGACGGACUGAGGAAGGAAAGGAAGGGAAGGAAAGGAAGGAAGGAAGGGGCUGGGAUGCCGAUGGUUUCAUCUGGAACGGAAAGUUCCUCUUCGUCUUUUUGGCUUCUUGUGAUUUAACACCCUCCAAAAGCAGCGAGGCUCCGGACCGAACCGACCUCUAUACAUCUGCAGAAACGAACGGUUUCCUGGAGGUCCAUCAGCUGUUCAGACCCCCUCCAGCGCUGAGGAGCCACAAACAGGUAAAAGAAAUUUUAAGAAAUGGACCAAGAUAAUCCGAUCCGAAGCCAGACACAAGAGGACAACCCAAAUGGAGCGGCAGAAGCUUCAACAACAGCUCCAGCAUCGGACACAGCGGCUCCGGACACUUCUGCUCAGCCUGCAGCUCCCUCCAGGCCUCGGCGGCCCCAGAGAUGCGCCAAAGUAGAGGGCUCCGUUGACAUCACCGAGCCCAGAGCUGAGCCCGCAGAUGAACCCGCUCCAGCGGCGAACCGGGAAGCGAGCACCCCCGAUGGCAUCGCCGCAAGCCGCCCCAAACCCUCUCGCUCCGCAGCGGGCAAACCUUUAGGGGAGCGCACCGGGCCCAGCAUGAAGGCUGGUCCGAAAGGUCCCGGCCACCACCCGAUGAGGGCUGCCUCAGUCCCCGACCCACACGUCAGCAGGCCUGUGCCCUCUCACCUGAACCUGCAUGCACAGAGAGCUCUCUCUGUAGCAGGUACAGCUGACACUCAGGCCCAGACUGUGGAAGACUUCAGAGUGCACAUCAUCACUUGGAACGUGGGUUCGGCCACGCCUCCUGAUGACAUCACAUCCUUGCUGGGGCUGAACGUGGGUGAUGGAAACACAGACAUGUACAUCAUCGGGCUGCAGGAAGUGAACUCUAUGAUUAACAAAAGGCUGAAAGAUGUCCUCUUCACAGACCAGUGGAGCGAGGUCUGCAUGGAGAGACUCAGCCCCUUUGGUUAUGUGCUGGUGACCUCCCAGCGGAUGCAGGGCUUGUUAUUGCUGGUGUUUGCCAAGUACUUCCAUCUGCCCUUCCUCCGCGGAGUCCAGACUGAAACCACCCGCACUGGCCUGGGGGGUUACUGGGGGAAUAAAGGUGGUGUCAGCGCCCGCAUGUCAGUGUUCGGCCAUACCAUCUGCUUCCUCAACUGCCACCUGCCGGCUCACAUGGAAAACUCAGAGCAGCGCAUGGAGGACUUUGAGAGCAUCCUGCAGCAGCAGCAGUUCGAGGGCCAGGCUGCCACCGGGGUUCUUGACCACGACGUGGUGUUCUGGUUCGGGGAUCUGAAUUUCCGCAUCAAUGACCUGGAAAUGCAAGUGGUGAAAUCAGCCAUUGAUAACAACAAGUUUCCAAUGUUGUGGGAGAAGGAUCAGCUCAAUAUGGCCAAAGACAGUGAGACGGUGUUGGAGGGUUUCCAAGAAGGGCCGCUGAAAUUCCCUCCCACCUACAAAUUUGACACUGGAACAAAUACAUACGACACGAGUGGGAAGAAGCGUAAACCAGCUUGGACCGACCGAAUCCUGUGGCGCUUGAGAGCAACCGCGCCUGCAGGCACAGCGCUCAGCGCAGGGAAGCGUGGCUCCAUGUCGGGGCUGACCAGCGGGGUCAAAGUCACGCAGCACUACUACCGCAGUUACAUGGAAUACACCGUCAGUGACCACAAACCAGUCUCCUCCAUCUUUACCCUGCAGUUCCCAUACAAGGUGGAUGUGCCCCUGGUCACAAUCAUGGUGGAGGAUGAGUGGAAUAGUAUUGCUGAUGCCGUAGCCAAAUUCAAAGUGAUGCCCAACUUCGCUCGCAGCUCCUGGGACUGGAUCGGACUCUACAAGGUGGGUUUCAAGCACCAUAAGGACUAUGUGGGAUACGUGUGGGCCAAGCAAGAGGAGGCUGAUUUUCAGCGACAAGAGCAUCAGGUAACCUUUACCGAGGAGGAACUGCCCAAAGGCUCAGGGGACUUUAUCUUGGGUUACUAUAGCAACAACAUGAGCACCAUUGUGGGUGUAACAGAGCCAUUUCAGAUCCAGCUUCCCACUUCAGGUCCUGACCACAGUUCUUCAGACAGCUCCGACUUCAGCUCAGAGGAUGACAGCACCGUUGUCCUCAUGAAGACGAGGUCCCGCAGCCCCAGUCCACGCAGGAGCAAGCACCGCAGGCAUCGCAGCGGCAGCCACAGCCGCUCCAGCAGCCCUGCACAGGCCAAAAUGAAAGAGCUCAACGUCACUGAUGACUCUCCGUCCAGCACCAUGACAAAAGCUGAGAGUGAGUCCACAGGACGCCCAGCAGAGGGCAGCAGCGGCCAGCUGUGUGCUCCGGGGGAGAAAGGGAAGGACACGGGGGAUUCAGGGCUGUGAUGGCCAGACGAGUCCUGCUGCUGUCACAGGUCACAUAGCCAACUGUUGUGUCUUUUAUUAAAUACAUCCACUUCACUGUAUGUUUUCUCUGAGGAAAAUAUACAGUUUUUGGCACCAUUCUUUUCAGGAACGGCCUUCUGGUUUGCCCAGAAGGCUUACUUUGCCUUGAGUUGUUUUAUUAAACUGUGCACAUUGUAUGUUUUUUUUUUUAUUUUUAUUAUUAUUAUUUGUGAACCUUCACUCUGUCCUGUGUUUCUUCUAUCUUUGUCCGUUCUCAGGUGUGGACAGUACAGGGAGCUGACACCUUAGGAAAUACUCAAGGAUUUAUGGUCAUGUAGAGUAAAAGAGUGGUUACUUAAUACUUUUUAGAAACCAUCCUGCCUAUUUUGUGACAGCGGAUGAAACUCUGCACUGAUGUACCUACUAGUCACGUCAGCAGACUGCGCACAAGCGUUAGACGAUGCUUUUGAGAUAAGAAGUAUGACGCAGAUGUUGCUCGCAAAUCAUUAGUUUGCUUUAGUUGUGGAACAGAUCUGCUCACACCUACAGCCUCGAGGUCUCUAUGGUCCUCUAGGCCAGAGUGAAAAAUGUGUUUCAUUCUGAAACAUCCCAUAAAAGCAUCAAAACUCACUUGCAUCAUACAUUUCUUUGAUUUUGCAAAUGGAGAUAGACUUGGCAGAAUGGUUUUACUCUUGUGCAUAAUAUUCCCAGCUUUGGAAGUUCGGCAUGAAUUACACAGCAACACGAUACUUAACAUGCAGGUAGCAUUUCAGAUGGUCCACCAAUGGGAUUUAAAGUCCCUCCGGGGUGCAUAAAAAAAACAGAGCAGAACCAAAGUAGGUGGAGACUGGGGUUCAGGGUGCUCGGCCGCUAACCCUGGCAGCACAUGUCAGCGUAGAGAGUGAAUGUGAGUGUAAAAAAAAGGCCUUUAAAUAGACUGCCAAAUCAGUGCAAUGGGAUGAGAUGGGUGUGGGAGGCUAGCUGUCAGCUGACACUGCAGAGCUGUCUGGCCAGAACGAGUUCUUUAAUUGUUGGCCACUAACUCUGCUGGUCCAAAUAGAUUGGUAACAGCUACAGCAAUAUCUGACCCAGGAGACCUGCAGUGUAUUUCUUGGACACACAUGCAUUUAUGUGAGUUAAUGGGCCUUAAGUUACUUUAUGAAAAAAAAUUACUCAGUAAUCACAAUGAUCACAUAUCUGUUUUUAUUCCAUUUUUAAAACAGAUUCCGUUUCUGACAUCACUGCAUGAUGUUCUCAGCAUGGACUCUUAGUAAAAAUCACACUGAUAAUCAUCUCUGACAAAUGUGAGCAGGCACUCUACUGUGUAGAGCUUCCACAGGGCUUUGCAUUAUCCAGUAGGCAGGAUAAUACAAAGCUGACAUGUCCCACUAUUGUGAAAUAUCAUAAUGCAAACGUGAUAUUUCAAAUAAACGAAAUGUUCCGUUCUCAUUUUUCAGUCCACUGCUCCGCUGUUUGUUUUCGUGUUUGCUCUCGCUCAGAUUCCCCCUUACUGAUCCUGGUGAUUAGCUGACAGUGACAGUAGUCACAAUAGUCGUGUUGCAUUGUUGCCGUGUGAACUCAGAUGCACCAUCUUAGACUCUUUGUACUUUUGGGCUGUUAGCGUAGGACAGUGUACACUGUUGUAGCUGUAACCUCAGUGUGUAUGUCUGUAAUCAGUUUUUGUGUGUAUGUGUUUUUAUGGGCGCCUGUGUGUGUGUGUGUGUGUGUGUGUUUUGGAUGGUGAGGUCAUGUGUGGGUGUGUGUGUGUGUGUGUGUGUGUAGCUAGCUGUCGCAGUGAAUGGGGUGUGACUGUGUUUGCAUGGUUUGCUGCUGGACAUACUAUACAUUCCGGUACUGUGAUUUCGUGCCGUAAAGUGCUGUUUUUGAUUCCUCUUUGUUAUAAUCGUGGCUGUGAAAAUUGUUAGAAAAACAUGGUAAGGACAGUAUAAAAAAACUUAACUUCAGUAUAAAUGUUAGGAGAAGAAAAUGCAGGGCAGUCGUGCUUGCAUACAUCGGAAAUUGUUUGAAUCAUUUCAUAGUGCAUUCAUGUAUUUUCUUGAUUUUUAAAUGAAAAAUCUAUUGGACCUUUUGUGUAGAGUAACAUGUUUGAAAAUGUUGAUGACUGUAUGACUUUGUCCUACUUUAGGUAAUUUAGUACGAUCAGUUCUGCAGUCAUGACCAUUGCAUAUCUAUCGUGAAAUGUUAAAGAAAAAAAUGUGUCUACAGAAUGUUAUUGUUUUGUAAUGACGUGGCUAAAAUAGAAGAAAUGUGUAUGUAAAGGACAAAUAUUAAGUAUAGUAGAAAACAUAAAAAUAGAAGACAAUCUAUGCCACAAAGAUUAUUUUACCUAAAUUAUUUAUUUAUUUUCUUAAUUAACUGUUAAAUGAGCCUGAAUUCUGCUGGCCAGUGAGGGAGCAUUAUUUCAACGGAAAUGUCAAACGAUGUAACAGAGUAUUGCUGAUUAUUUUCUUUUUUCUAUUAGGAACCAUGAAGAGAGAGUUUGAUUUCUCCAGUUUCCAUUUUAGUCCAUUCAGAUCAAAUGUUGCUGUUAUUGUCUGAAAUGGAGAUUUGUUUAGUCUACAGGUCUUUGUAAAAUUGUGAAUCAAAUCGUCAGAAAUAUAUAUCAUAUAAAAAAUGGUUAAUCUGUGUGAAAAUCAUCCAAUCAGUGAUGUGAGAAGGUUUUUAGGGGUUGCUUGCUUUGUUCUCCAACCCAAAAACUAGUGCAACUCUGUCCAAAGAAAUAAUAUACUCCCUUUCAAAUUGUG